AUGUCUUGGAUGGAUUCCUGGUCUCGGCCUUCAGCCAACAGCAAAGUCCCGGCUCCCCUCUACCUCACAGGCGAAGAUGUACCGUAUUGCCACACCUGUGGGCGGGUGAUGAGUACCAAGAAGACCGACAGCAAAAAGAAAAACAGUAACAAUGUUGUCAAGUAUUGCAGUGACAGAUGUCGAAAUCGAAAACCUGGAGCACUGGAUCGAAAAAUUGAACAUACCGUCGCUAGUCUACUUAAUGGCGAGGAUGAUGCUGGACUGGAUCAAACUCUGGCGAGGACGAGAGCCGUGAAGGGGGACCCCAGGUUGAUUGUGACUUGUGAUGAAAUCGAGGCGAUUGUAUUCGGAAGUCGAUUCGAUCCGGAGAGGACAUCGGGACGGAGGAAGAACCGGAGAAGUCGUGCUAUUGGCGAAAAGUCGGAGUGGAAAAGUGUAGAUAUGGAAGACCCAAAGGAGAGUGAUGAGGAUGAUGGUGAUUAUAGUGAUGAAGACUCCCGCUCAUCCACACAUUCCGAAGUUGGUGGCGUGCGGGUGCGGUUGCCACAAGACAUUGCGGAAGAGAAUUUCAGCGCGAUGGGUGGCGAGAGGGGUGCAAAGGAGAAGAUUGUAGAGAGUGAAGAGGAUCUGGCUCGGAGGAGGGCGGGCGCGAAGAGGGCAGAGGAGAGGGAAAUGGUUCGGCGGGCUGUGAGGAGAAUUGUGAUUUUCGGAGUGGAGGUCCCGAGAAGGGAGGAGAGGAAGGGAGGCGCGAAGUCUGAGGGUGGGAAGGGUGCAUCGAAGAAACAUAAGAAGCUUCAGGCAGAGGAGGAGGAAGUGGAGGAGAAGGAUACGGAGAUGAGGAAGGGGGAGGCUUUGAUGGCUGGGAUGGUCGUUGAGCCUUCUUUUGCAAAAGGAAACUGGUCGGUGCGGUGGCGAGACUGA